AUGCAUCCCUUCAUGGUUGCCAGCGGUCCGGACAUCAAGGUCCGCACGGGACUUCAGCAUUUCGAGCAGAUUGACAUCUAUCCUAUGGUCUGCGCCCUACUGGGUCUCCAGCAUCCCAACAAAAUCGACGGCCGUCUAGAGCGUGUGAUUCCCUUUCUGAAAACCGAACUCUCAAAGGAUUUUGUUGAAACCUUUGAAAAGUAUGAGAGCGGCAUCAUUGCUGUUGACUUGUAUGGUGUUUCCGCUGUACUACAGGCGACAACUAAUGGGAGUCCGAAGUCCUAUUUUACUCUAGGAUGUGAAACAUACCUCAUGUCAUUGUGUGCUGUAAUAUAUUUUGGGAUAUUAUAA